AUGUCUGUCCGGAACGAGAGGUUGCCGCUGGAUUAUGCCACCGCCCAGGGCCCGGAAGUCCCCGUCGAACGUCCUGCCUUAGUUCCGAAGUCUCUCCUCCGACCUCAAGUGCCUGAGCUGAGGUCUGGCUUCCGACAAACCGUCAAUGCGAGCGGUGCCAAGAUAUGGCUGGGAAGAAACAAAGACACGGCAAUUGAGGGCGUGGCUGCACGGUUACGCUGGAUUCCCUUUUGGCCUUAG